CAAACAGGAAGUGUGGCGGAGUUCUCGGGGCACGGCUUGCGAGCGCUAUGGAGGCGUACGAGCAGGUCCAGAAGGGCCCCCUGAAGCUGAAAGGCGUGUCGGAACUCGGCGUGACGAAGCGGAAGAAGAAGAAGAAGGACAAAGACCAGGCCAAGAUGCUGGAGGCCAUGGGGACGAGCAAGAAGAGCGAGGAGGAGAAGAGGCGCUGCCUGGACAAGCGCACGCCGGCUCAGGCGGCCUUCGAAAAGAUGCAGGAGAAGCGGCAAAUGGAAAGAAUCCUGAAGAAGGCGUCAAAAACCCACAAACAGAGAGUGGAGGACUUCAACCGACACUUGGACACACUCACCGAGCACUAUGACAUCCCCAAAGUCAGCUGGACCAAGUAACCUGCACCUGGUGCAAAAGGCAGACGGCCAGGCUGACUGUGCUUCCCUCCAUGUUUUCUAGAAUGUUUUACACCUGGCUGGUACAUCUGCUGAGUCCAGGCUUUCUGAGACUCAAUUAAAGUCAGGCUGUCCUUUCACUGGGUUUUGGUUUUUGGGUAGUUCUCUUUUCUGUUUGGACAGCAACAUUGUGGAUUGACAUGCUGAGGUGAUUUCUGGGUGAAGGCCAUGGAAGGAUGGUCCCCUUUGCACCCCCAUUGUGUCGUCUGUCUUCACUUACACCACAGUGCUAGGACAGGAAGCUCCUUGUGGACCAUCACAGAAAUUCCCACAGUGCUGCUCCAUUUUGGGCCACCUGGACAUCAGAUUGCAUCUGCAACACCACAUGAAGCAAGAGCAGGACACAGGACACGGGUUUCUAGCACAUAGACUGUCCCACAGUCCACCUAGUGGACUGCCAUGGCAGAUGUUGCUAAUCUCAGUUCUCAAUGAUAGCACCUGGGUUUCUAAGUAUGUGGCAUGUGGCAUAAGCCUGGUUGGUGGUCUAAGGAUACCAAAUGCCAGACAGGGCUGGGGCAAAGUGCCAGCAAACAUGGUGUAGUGGUGCAGAUGCUACAGAGCUGUGGCAUCUGAGAGUCUAGGUAGACCAUUUAAAGAGUUUCUGCACACACUGUUGAGAGGUGCAGCUUCUUUUGCCAUGGAUACUGAAGGAAUGACAAGUCAGUGGAGCUGACAUGUAUGAAAUAAAGUGAAUACCACUCAUG